GGUAGCAUCACAUUAAUCCUAAUCUCGAAAAUUGUUUCUUCCUCGUUUCAUUCAACCAAGGUAGAGUAAUUAACUCUCUCGUUAAUUACCACUAAUCAAUAAUCUCAGCCAUCCUCAUGCUUUCUUCACGAUCGUUUCAUUCUCCUCUGUUCUUAAAUCACCGUUUUUACCUCCGUUUCUUGAUGGGUGAAACAAACAAAAAUGCCACGUCAUCACCAACAGAAUCAGUGUCACAAGGUGGAAACGUUGAUAAUGCAAAUGUUAGGCCUGAUAGUCCAUUAUCAGAUGUUUCUCAUGACAAUGAAAAAUAUUUUAUACCGUUGCAUAAAUAUACAAAGAAAAAUUCACUAUGCGAGUCAAUGUCUAGUUGUGAUCAUUUACCUUCCCCACCAUCUAGUACUGUUUCUGAACAAAGCAAAUUCAAGAGGAAAAUUCGCGUUGAUUUAGGAUUGGGACCGGAAAAAGAGAAUAAGUCUAGUAAAUCUAGUUUUUGUUCCAGUUUUCAUGAUAGUGAUGGUAAUAUAUCAACAACAAAGACAUUGUCAGUGACUAAAGAGUUCAAAAGCCACUGUGAAUCACAUCAACAAGGUCAGUUUUGGAAGAAGGACAAUGCUGCAUCAACCAAUAGACUGUAUAAUAACAGUCACAGAAAAAUCAACUUUGACAUCUGCUUUCGCGGUAUAAGAAAUUCUGGUUUAACAGGAGCUACGCCGCUUGAAAAGAACAAGGACAGCUGCAUUGAAUUUGAGAUGCAGGAUGGAGGAACAAAUAAAGAAACAAAUGACGUAAUACUGAGGCCUGGGAUGGUUCUCUUGAAACACCACUUAACACAUGAAGAACAGGUUGAAAUAGUGAAAAAAUGCCGGGAUCUUGGUCUUGGUCCUGGAGGAUUCUAUCAACCAGGUUAUGGAGAUGGAGCAAAAUUUCGAUUGAAGAUGAUGUGUCUUGGCAUGGAUUGGGAUCCUCAAACAAGAAAAUAUGGAUAUAAAAGGGAAAUUGAUGGUAGCAAGCCACCAAGUAUUCCUCAUUACUUUAGCAAGUUAGUUAUAAGAUCUAUACAAGAAGCACGUAAUCUAAUUAAUCAGGAGUCUGUGGAGCAUAUAUUGCCUUCAAUUACUCCUGAUAUAUGCAUUGUCAAUUUUUAUUUAACCAAUGGAAGGCUUGGUCUUCAUCAGGAUCGCGAUGAAAGCAGAGAAAGUCUUCAAAAAGGGUUGCCAGUUGUUUCUUUCUCUAUUGGUGAUUCAGCAGAAUUUCUUUAUAGUGAUCAAAGGAAUGUUGAGAAGGCAGAAAAUGUACUUCUAGAAUCAGGAGAUGUUCUAAUAUUUGGUGGAGAAUCGCGACAUGUCUACCAUGGUGUCUCAUCUAUCAUACAAAAUUCAGCACCAGAUGAAUUGGUUCAAGAUACAUGCCUUUGUCCCGGUCGCCUCAAUCUGACAUUUAGACAGUAUUGAUGUCUCAUCUUCUGUAAGGUCAGUAAUGCUAUCGACGUUUUCUUAGUCAUCUAUCUAUCAAUCUAUAACCUAUUCAUUCAAAAGAAAGAGUGGCACCCCUCGCCUUGCAAGCCGAUUUUGUAGGAAUGAGUUAUGCUCGAUAUCAAAACCUAAUAUAUAGAAAAAGAAAAGAAACGAAGUUGGUUUUGUCGCACCGUCGUGCGCAACACAGGUCCCAUAUUCUAGUGCAUUUUAGAAUAUUGCAAUCCUGUAGUGAAUUGAGUAAAUAGUUUGUUGUUUACUUCUAUUCUCAUUUGAGUCAAUAACUGACCCCACCCCUACUAUAAUCUACAUUGGAAGUUUGUUGGUUGAAUUUAGUCUCUAAAUAAAGUUUUUUUUUUUUUUAAUAAAUCUCUAAUAUAAAGUUGUUGAGCUAUAAUUUUCAAUGUCUUAUUUGGUUAGUUACAUAUAUCUUUCAUUUGUGUCAAUAACUAUCCCUUAUCAAUUGACUAAAUGUUGGUUCCUUAACUAGCAAAGUUAUUAAUGCAUCACUUCCGUUCAUCUUAUCAAUACUAAGUCGUUACAUGUUUCAAUCAGUAUUUAAGAUUGUGAAUAGAUUCCUUCAAAAAAAGAUUGUGGUAUGAAAUUGAUGUUUGUAAAAAUAAUCAACUCAAUUCAAAUAAUUAUGCUUCCCAGGUGGGUCUUAGAAUUAUGAAUACGGAUAUAUGUCAAUGAUAAAUACAUCCACUAAAUUUAGGCAAAAUUCUUCAUAUGGUCCUUUAAGUUUUGUUUUUUCCUACUAGAUCCUUUAAGUCAAAAACCAUGCACACCAUUGUCCUUUUUUGCAACCUCUGGUGUAUAAACAUUUGCGUGACCAUUAUUGGUUUGACGUGGAUUAGACGGUGAUUAGUAUUUUUAUUUAAAUUUUUUAUUGAAAAAUUAAAAUUUUAAGCCCAUAUCAUCUUAAUAUGCCUAACUAAUAAUAAUAAUAAUAAUCAAUUUUACUUAAAAAAAAUUGAAAUGAGCAACAAUAACAAAUAUAGGGAGAAGAAAGCAAUAAGACAAUUGUUAAAAGUAGCAUGGAAUAGUAUAGAUCAAAUAUGUUUAUUACAUAUAUGCAACAACCAAACUGGGAAAAUAAAAAUCAUUUUACUACAGAUUAUAAGUCUGAAACAAGAGGAAACUCGCAUAGGUGGAGCCCUUAUUGCACUUUCUUUAUUCUCAUUAGCAAAUUAUACUGAUGCUGAAGAAAGAUGUGCCAUGCUAUC